UAAAAGAAGAUUCGAUAUCAUCCGCCAUGAAAGCUUCUUCGAGCUUCUUCUUCCUCCUCUAUCUCAUACUCCAAUGUUACUUCCACUUGUCAACCCCUUCAUCACCACCUCCUCUUCUUCUCCCACUCUCUCACUCCCUCUCGAACGCCCAUCACUCCUCUCCUCUCCACCUCCUGAAAUCCGCCUCCCACCGCUCCUCCGCCCGCUUCCGCCGCCAUCACCACCGCCACCGGCAAUUCCCUCUUCCUCUCUCCUCCGGCAGCGACUACCUUCUCUCCCUCUCCGUCGGCUCCUCCUCCGUCUCCCUCUACCUCGACACAGGCAGCGACCUCGUCUGGUUCCCCUGCAAGCCCUUCACCUGCAUCCUCUGCGAAUCCAAGCCCACUUCCCCUUCCCCUCCAGCUUCUCUCUCCUCCUCAUCCGCCGCCGUCUCCUGCUCCUCGCCGUCAUGCUCCGCCGCCCACUCAUCCUCCUCCUCCUCCGACCUCUGCGCCAUCUCUCGCUGUCCCCUCGACUCUAUCGAGACCGGCGAUUGCGCCUCUUUCCCCGACAGUCUGUCUUUCAAAUCCUUCUCCGUUCGUAAUUUCACCUUCGGCUGCGCUCACACCACCCUCGCCGAGCCCAUCGGCGUCGCCGGUUUCGGCCGCGGUCGGCUCUCUGUUCCGGCUCAGCUCGCCACCUACUCUCCCCAGCUCGGUAACAGCUUCUCUUACUGUCUGGUACCUCACUCGUUCGACUCGGAAAGAGUCCGCCGCCCGAGUCCGCUCAUCCUCGGCCGCUCCGUCGAUGAGAAGGAGAAACGGUUCGGACCCACGGAGGAGAAAACCGAGUUCGUCUAUACCCAGAUGCUGAACAACCCGAAACACCCCUACUUCUACUCCGUGGCUCUCGAGGGAAUCUCUGUCGGAAAAAGGAAAAUUCCGACACCGGAGAUUCUCAGGAGGGUGGACAGGAUCGGCGGAGGAGGGGUGGUCGUGGACUCGGGGACGACGUUCACGAUGCUUCCGGCGGGGCUGUACAACGAGGUGGUGUCGGAAUUCGACAGCCGGGUGGGAGGGAUGAACGAGCGAGCGGAACGGGUGGAAUCGGGGACGGGCAUGGGACCAUGCUACUAUUACAACAGCACAGGAAGUGUUCCGGCGAUCGUGCUGCACUUCGCCGGGAAGGGAUCGAGUGUGGCGCUGCCUAGGAGGAACUACUUCUACGAAUUCAUGGACGGUGGGGAGAAGAGGAAAGUGGGAUGCCUGAUGCUGAUGAACGGUGGGGAUGAAUCGGAGCUGAGAGGUGGGCCCGGAGCGACGUUGGGAAACUACCAGCAACAAGGGUUCGAGGUGGUUUAUGAUCUGAGCAAGAGGAGGGUCGGGUUCGCCAAGAGGGAGUGCAACUCUCUUUGGGAAAGCUUGAAGCAUGGCUGAUGACGUGGCGUUAUUUCUGAGAUAAAUAAACACAAUAAUUUCGUGCGUGUACAGAGAGGGAAAGCCAAUGCCAAUGUGUAAAGUCCAAAGAGUUUGUCAAUAAAUCCGUGCGAUGGAGAAAUAAAUGAGCAUAUGAUCAAAUGUCGAUGGGAUCAGAGCGACUGUUUUUGUAUUUAAAAAGUUUUUUUAAAUCUAAGCAUCAAAUGAUUAAUACAA